AUUUCAUUGCUUACACCGCCCAAUACUCACUUCACUACUUACACUCCUGCUUCCCGUGUCCGUUUCGGCUACGGAAUCCCACGCGGAGGCGCCAUUUUUUUUGCGUGUCGGAGCUGCUUAUCGUUGUCACUGGCCACCGCCAAACCCACGUCGAGCUAGGUCUCCGACAACAGGAGCCGCCGCAGCCAAUCGUCUAACCCUCAUCGGAGAGGUUUUCCUUCAACAGAAGUCAUCACGCGCUGCCCACCGAAGACCGCCAUUGACGAGAAACCCUGAGUUGCGGCGCGUCCCUGGAGUCAUCUUGAACUUGCGCCCUAAGAUCCCGCUGCUGGCGCCACUGAGGAAAAUCAGAGCUUUUCUUUGGAAGACUUAGCAUCAUCCGGGAACCAACUUUGUGCAACUGAAAAACUGAUGGCGAAGAAAUCUGAGGAGGAAUGUCAAAUCAUGAUUCAGAAGAGUUUCCGAACUCCAAUGGUGAGGUUUUUGAGGGAACGUUUGGAGAAAGCGGGAUGUAUAGUUGAAGACAAUUUUUUCAAAGCUAUUACUUGUAAUCAAGAAGUGGCUGGUUCUUAUGUUCGUGGUGAAGGGAUAAAAGUGUGCAGUAACUAUGUACGAAUUCAAGAUGAUGUCAACCAGGUGGUAAUUCGUGAAUUAAUUCAUGCAUUUGAUGAUUGUCGUGGUGCCAACUUGGAUUGGUCGGAUUGUGCUCACCAUGCUUGUACCGAGAUACGAACUAAUCAUCUAAGUGGCGAUUGCCAUUAUAAGCGGGAACUACUACGAGGUUUCUUGAAACUACGAGGGCAUGAACAGGAAUGUGUGAGAAGAAAAGUUUUGAAAUCUUUGUCUGCAAACCCCAAUUGCUCUGGUUUUGCCGCCGAGGAUUCCCUGGAAGCUGUAUGGGAUGUUUGUUACAAUGAUACACAACCCUUUGACAGAGCUCCUUAAAAUUACAUUACAUGGUUGGUACCAACAUAUAGUAUAGUCACCAUUGGUGCUAUACUAUCCUUGCGGAGCACUACAUUGAAUGCUUAACUUUUGUUAGAAUUCUCACAAACUUAGUCUGUGGCAAUGGCAACUCCACCCGGAAGAUCGCACCGUCUUGACUUCCACUUAUUUUGCAUGUUACAUUAUUCACUUAAAUUGUUAUAACCACAUUUAAUUUUGCGGGCAUGUCAAUGGGUGAGUAAUUCUUUUAUGUUUUAUGAUUUUAGAUAGAAGCCUUCAUUUUCAGGGUUUUCGGGAGCUGGCUGAAUCCUGAGUUUUGUUCUUUAGACCAUACAGAAAUAAAUAAGACGGGGACGCUUUAUACAUUGA